CAUGUUGUUUACUUCCGGAAAUUUUUCACAUGCGCGAACUCUGACCGAAUCAACUUCCUUUUUAGAUUUUCUCGUCGACAUCAAGGAUGAAGACCAUAAAUUCAACCCAGACUGUGAAAAUCACAGAUAAGAGAGUAUCUGUCUCUGUCAAAUCACGAAAAGUCACUGUGAAAGGACCUAGAGGAACUUUGGUGCGAAGUUUCCGCCACCUUCCCAUUGACAUUUCAAUGGCAGCCCCUGACGUGCUUAAGGUUGAAAAAUGGUUUGGAAAGCACAAAGAAAUAGCAUCUGUGAGAACUGUAAUUGCUCAUGUUCAGAACAUGAUUAAAGGUGUCACACUUGGAUUUUUGUACAAGAUGAGGGCUGUGUAUGCUCACUUUCCUAUCAACGUGGCUGUCUCCAACAACAGUACCAGUGUUGAGAUCAGAAACUUUUUGGGAGAGAAAUUCACUCGUCAUGUAGAUAUGUUGAAAGGAGUCACUUUCAAGCCUUCUGGAAACAAAGACGAGUUUAUCCUGGAAGGAAAUGACAUUGAAUUGGUUUCUAGAUCAGCUGCUCUUAUUCAGCAAUGUACAGCUGUGAAAAACAAAGAUAUCAGAAAGUUUUUGGAUGGUAUCUACGUUUCAGAGAGAACAAAUGUUGUUCAAGAAUAGAUUAAUAAAUACAAUUAAAAUGGUGUUGAUAUAAA